UAAAAGCGCAUCCCACAUCGUUGAAAAUCAUUCGUUGUCUUUACAUCGUCUGCAAGAUGAAGUUGUACGCAUUCUUUGCUGUUGUCCUGGCUCUAUUGGCCUUAGCCUUUGCUAAUCCAAAUCCACUGCCAAAUCCUGAACCUGUGCCCGGCGGUGGCGGCGGUGGAGGUGGCGGUGGCGGUCGUUUUGGAGGUGGCGGCGGUGGCGGUGGCGGUGGUGGCAAGUGAUUUCAUCACAACGCUUCCAGAUCAAGGCUGAACAUGUACAUAUAUGGACACUAGAUAAUGAAAAUAAAUACAAAUUAAACAAAAAUAAAAGUUUUAGUUCUAAUAUCUAAA